AUGGUGCAAGAUUCCCAUUUAUUGCGAAAAGGUGCUGUUGACAGCACGUCGCCAAAGCCCACAACGUCACCAAGCCCACAACACAUGAAGGAUCAUCUGCCUGGAGGGAGCACGGAACUACUAGCAACAACUGUCCGUUUCAUCACGUUGAACUGCCGUUCACUGUCGAGCGACCUCCAACAAGCCGCCCUGUCUGAACUUCUGGGAUAUCUCUGUGUGCCGUUUGCGGUACUACAGCGAACACGCGUCGGAGACCGUCUCGUCAUCAGUGUCGGAGAUUACACCAUCUCAUGUAUCGACAGUGAACCGAAUAAAGUUUUGAAUAGAAUAAAAACUUAUACGAGUGUAAAAGUUAGAAUUGACAGAUCUCCUUUCCUCCUCUACCUUUAG